AUGGCGGCGAGCAGCGUGGCUGGACAGCGCAGUGUGGCGGACGCGCUUCAGGAUGUUGCGCAGCGGGUGGAGGCCGCCGGCAGCAAGGCGGGGCGCGCCAAGCCGCCGCGGCUGGUCGCCGUGAGCAAGACCAAGCCUGCAGAGGCGGUGCGCGAGGCGUACGAUGCAGGGCACCGCACAUUCGGGGAGAAUUACGUGCAGGAACUUUUGGACAAGGCGCCGCUGCUGCCAUCUGACAUCCAGUGGCACUUCAUUGGACACCUGCAGUCAAACAAGGUCAAGGCUCUGGUGGAGGGGGUGCCAAAUCUCAGCAUGAUUGAGACAGUCGACAGCGCAAAGCUGGCGGACAGGAUUGACAGAUGCGUGGCCGGCGCCGGCCGCAAGGAACCCCUGGCUGUGGCUGUGCAGGUCAACACCAGCGGGGAGGAGUCAAAGUAUGGCGUAGAACCUGCCGAUGUCGUCGCGCUGGCCACGCACGUGGCCAAGGCGUGCCCGCACCUGCGGCUGGCGGGGCUGAUGACGAUCGGCAUGCCUGAUUACUCGUCGCGGCCCGAGAACUUCGAAUGCCUGGCAAAGUGCAGGGACGAGGUGGCCGCGGCUCUGGGCAUGAGCCCUGAUGAUCUGGAGCUGAGCAUGGGGAUGUCUGGGGACUUUGAGGCCGCGAUCGCCAUGGGGUCAACCAACGUGCGCGUGGGCUCAACGAUUUUUGGUGCCCGGGACUACAGCGCCAAGAAGUGA